AGCCAUUGUACGUUUGGAAACGAAUAUUCACAUGGUAUGUGUUCGUUUAUAAACGCUAAUACUGGUCUCAGAUCAGUGAAGAAAUUAAAACAUUGAAGAGAUAUCUUAACUUUUUAUGUGAAAUAGAAAACCACAGCUCAGUUGAUGAUCAGCGAUGAUGAGUAAUGAAAUCAAUUCUGAUACAGCCAAAAUGCUGUUCAAGGAAGGAGCCAUCUUUGUCUUACUGGACAUGCCAGAGGGUUCUGAGUUUGGCAUAGACUACAACUCUUGGACUACUGGACCAAAUUUCCGUGGUGUAAAAAUGAUUCCUCCAGGCAUUCAUUAUAUCUACUAUAGUGCCAAAGGUGAGCCAGGGCAGUCCAACAACUGUGGUAUCAGAACGGGGUUCUUCAGAAACUUCAAGCAGAGAGAAAUUGUUGUCCGAAAAUGGGACCGGUCACUUGAAGAUAUGAGUCCAGAGGAUGUUUCCCAAGCUGACAAAGAAAGAGUGGAAGGUAACCUCCAGGAACUAGACCAGUACCUGGGAGCAUAUCCAUAUGAAAACUACAAGAAGUGGAUAUCCCUUACAAGCCACAUUAGUGAGGAGCUGCUAGGAAAGUUGCAACCAGAGUGUGGCGCAAUCACCUCGGUUACACAGUUCCUAUCCCCGCCAAGUAACAGCGAGAUGAGAAGACAGUCUGCGGAAACUUUAGCACAGCAGGAAAACACAUCCCCAUCUGAUACAAGGAAGAAAAAGAAACUACCACAGCUACAAAAGGUCCCGGGCACAGCCAUUCGUUUCACAAAAAUACCCAAACAAAGAUAUCCUGAAGGAGCAACCCCUCAACAAAUUACUGUAUACAGUAUGGACUCAACCUUCAUGCUUGAUUCCAUCAUCCAAUCAGAUUACAGCAAGAACAAGAGGGGAAUUCUUGGAGAAAUCCAGUUUGCCUUUAUCUGCUUUCUGAUUGGUCAGGUCUUUGAUGCAUUUGACCAAUGGAAGAAAUUGGUGCAUUUAAUGUGCGGAAGUGAAAAAGCUUUGAAUUCUCACUCUGACUUGUUCAUGGAUUUUAUUGCUAUGCUCCAUUUCCAAGUGCAUGAAAUUCCUGAAGAUUUUUUUGUCGAUAUUGUGUCUGCAAAUAAUUUUUUAACAACAACGCUUCAAGAAUUCUUCUCCAAUUUAGAGGCAGGCAAUGGAGACAUUAAAUUGAGAGAAAGAGGUCUGAAAUUCAGAGAUCAUCUGACACGCAAAUUCAAGUGGGACUUUACCACUGAGCCGGAUGACUAUGCUCCAGUCAUUGUUGAUUCAUAAAAUUUCAUAAAUAUUAAAGGUUGUAUGAUUUUGAUUUUUGUCAAAUUUAAAUAAACACCUUUUGUACAAAUUUGUCUCAUUACUGAUUACAUAUCUUCAAUUACAACUUAAAUGUACUCUAAAAAUUAACAUAAUAUGUUCUUACUACAUUCUUUUUAAUUAUUGAGGAAACAAUGAAAAUGAAAACUGUGUGGGCCAUUUCAUCAAAAAUCCAAGGAUUGUUUUUAUACGUUCAGUACUGUUAAAGUGACACUCUCAUUCAAAAUCAAUACAAACACAUGUAUAACAAAGAUAAGUUUUGAGUGAUAAACCUUAAAUACUUUCUAAAUAUGCAUUUAUGAAAAAUAUUAAUUACUGAUACCAAGAUUGUCACUGUUUACAUAAAAGCUGAAAUCGCAAAAAAAAAUAAAAAUGAUUGGUGAGUGCUAAAAGAUUUAUUGUGAUCUACUAUUGUCUUAUAGGGUAGUAAUACUGUGUUUUCUGCACUGUUCUUUCCAAUUAAAAUUGGUAUCCUUCAUAAGAACCAGUGUUUUUGACAUUUAUUCAUCCUUUUGGGUAUAUUAAAACAAUUGUAUUAAUUGUGGUAAAUCUUAUUCUAGAGUAAGAGUGCAGGUAUUAAAACCACUAAUAGGAUUCUUGAUGAAGAGCCUUAGAAGCUCCAUCCUUAUGAAUGUUUUCAUGUUUCUAAAGAAUUAGAAAUCAGACUUGAGAGCAAUAACACCGGUACCUUUAUAAUUAGUGGGAUUCAUAAUCAGCUGAAUACUUCAAUAUGUAUAUAAUUACAGAGCUUGGGUACAAUCUUAGAAUUUUCCUGUUUAUUUGGAAUUUUAAUUCCAAUUACACAAGUUAUACUUAUUUGAGGCUCCUAAGCAGCAGAUUUGAUCGUAAAGUAUUUAGCAAAAUGAAAAAAUAACAAUGUUGGCGGAAUGUCUAUACUAGUUACUGCACAUGAGAGAACUGCUCAAUUAUCUAUUUAAUAAAAUAACGGUGACUAAAGGAAACUUUAGUGGUCAUUUUCAUCAGACUCCUUUAAAUGAUUUUAUUAAUGUAUCUGAAGAUAUCAUUAGCAAAAACAUGACAGCAAAACAAUAACCUAGUUUUUUUUGGUCCUGAACAAAAUCGUAUAAAACAGUUUGUGUAAAAAAUAGAGCUUUAUGUUGGUGCAUAAGCUUACUCUCGUCUCCUGCAUACUGAGAUGGAAUACUCUAAAACAACACAUACAAACUACGUACCAAUGAUGAUCCAAAAUACUAGCACUGUAUGAAACCAAAAGCACAGUUUAAAUGGAAUAGCCAUCAACUCGUUUCUUUAUAUACUGGUUUAUUCUUCGAUUCUUUUAAUAAUUUUCUUCCUCACUCAUCCUUAUUCAUAAGCAUGAGAAAACUGUGAAGAUUGAGGAGAAAUCUCAGUAAGCACCAGAAUGUACCUAGUGCACCUGUUGAAUGUCUGGUAGGUCAAUAGCCCCGAGGUCUAGGAAGGACCAGUGAAUUGUUGACUGAGGCUGGUGCACCUGUUCUUUAAAAGACUGAAUAAGCAAUGCACAUCAUGAAAAACAAGCAAGGUCUUCACAAGACCAGUUUUAACAAAGUAUAUUGAAUAUAUUAUGAGACAACACAUGCAUAUUUGCUAUUAUGUUUUUAUUUUUGGGGGCAUGAUUUUGUAUUUUCCGAAAGUCUGAAAAUAUUCUUAAUUAAGAGGGUGAAAAAAUGACCAAGCAAAAAUCAAUGUAGGUUUUUUUCACAUUUACAUUUAUACCUUAUUACUAUAACAUUGUAUUUAAUAGUGAUGGCACAAUAAUCUUAUAUAAACGUCAAUGGGUGCUCAACAUCAGUGAUAAUUGAUAAUAAUUAACCGUAAUGGAUUUUUAUCAAGCUUUAUUGUUUGGACCCGCAAAAUGAUGCUGUAACCCUAUAUUUAUCACCCUGUCUGUCUGUCAGUCCGUCUGUCCAUCCUUUUACAUUAUUUAUGUUUUUGUUUAUAACUAAUCAGUCAAUAAAGAUAUCAAAUUCAUAUUUUUUUAAUUUCCUCACAGAAACAAUUUGCACUUUUGUGUCUUAGUGUAACUUAUGCUUAAAUAUUGUCACAUUUAUGGCCCUUUGUUUAUU